CGCGAAGGCUGAAGGGAGCGUUGUGGUCGCCCUCUGGGUCUCGGCGGCGGGAGGUGUCAGGAACCGGGGGAGCAGCCAUGCCUCGGUAUGCGCAGCUGGUCAUGGGCCCCGCAGGCAGCGGGAAGGAGGUUAAGGUGGGGUCUCGUUAAUCACUGCUUCUCAGAGAUUGAGACGUGGACUUCUGGAAUUUGAGGAGACUUUUGGAGAGCACCUAUUGUGCCACCAUCGUCCAGCACUGCGAAGCCCUCAAUCGGUCUGUCCAAGUUGUGAACCUAGAUCCUGCAGCAGAACAUUUCAACUACUCUGUGAUGGCUGACAUCCGGGAAUUGAUUGAAGUGGAUGACGUGAUGGAGGACAAUACUCUGCAGUUCGGUCCCAAUGGAGGAUUGGUAUUUUGCAUGGAAUACUUUGCCAAUAAUUUCGAUUGGCUAGAGGACUGUCUCGGCCAUGUAGAGGAUGACUACAUCCUUUUUGACUGUCCAGGUCAGAUUGAAUUGUACACUCACCUGCCCGUGAUGAAACAGCUGGUCCAGCAACUAGAACAGUGGGAGUUUCGAGUCUGUGGAGUUUUUCUUGUUGAUUCUCAAUUCAUGGUGGAGUCGUUCAAGUUUAUUUCUGGCAUCUUGUCAGCCCUGAGCGCUAUGAUCUCUCUAGAAAUUCCUCAAGUUAACGUCAUGACGAAAAUGGAUCUGCUGAGUAAGAAAGCUAAAAAGGAAAUUGAGAAGUUUCUAGAUCCAGACAUGUAUUCUUUAUUAGAUGACCCUACAAGCGACUUAAGAAGCAAAAAAUUCAAAAAAUUGACUAAUGCUAUAUGUGGACUGAUUGACGACUACAGCAUGGUUCGAUUUUUGCCUUACGAUCAGUCAGAUGAAGAAAGCAUGAACAUCGUAUUACAGCAUAUUGAUUUUGCCAUUCAGUAUGGAGAAGACUUGGAAUUUAAAGAACCGAAGGAACAUGAAGAUGAGUCAUCUUCCGUGUUUGACGAAUAUUUUCAAGAACACCAGAAUGAAUGAAGAGUUUGUUAAAAAGUAACCGAAUGUGUGAGGAGCUUGUGGCUGAACUGGCAGAACCUUCUUCUCUUCGAAAGAUGGAAUAUUAGAAGCUACUUAUUUUAAUGAAAAAAAAUAAUACUUGACUCUUUAUCAGCCGUCAAGAACAUGCCUGAAUCAAGUUCUUAGUUAUUCUGGAACUGCUGCUGUUUAAAGUGGCAUCUUUUAGUAUUAUUGGAACAGCAUAAUUUAGAUUUUAAAAGUCAGAAUUGAAAUGAAUGUACAUAGAUUUGUGUUUAUAAUAUAAAUUAGCACCUGUGAUACAGUUAAGACCAGUCUACUUUUAGUUUUACUGUUUGAUUUUUGUUAUUUUUGAAGUUUUUUUGGAGGGACAGGAAUUAUUGUAACAAAAUAUACAUAUAUGUGUCCAAAGAAAAAAAAAUCUGGAAGGAUAGAGCUAAGACCAUUGCUUACCUGUAUCUUCCAGUUUUCCUACAUUGAAAAUGUAUUAUUUGUGUAAUUUAAAAAUGAAAAGUAACUGUGUUUUAAGAUAUAUAUGUAUAUAAAUAAAAGAAACAGGAAAAUAGUA